UUUAGUUGGCUCCGGCCUGUCCAGCUGAGCUUCUUAAGGUCUGCAACUUUAGUCUGCGACCCCUACGGCUCCUCUACCCACAGACUCCCGCGUCUCCCAGCUGGCGCCGCAGCCAUGGGCAAGAGCAAGAACAAGCGCUUCAGACGGCCCCCGUUCUCUCCCACGGGUGAAUGUGAGGCAGCGGGGAACGAGGAGGCCGGACUGGGAGACUCACCGGCGGUAGAGCUCCUCGAGAAGCUCCAGCAUCCGAGCGCCGAGGUCCGCGAGUGCGCUUGUGCGGCACUGGCGCGGCUGGUGCAGCAGCAGCCCGCCAUCUCGGCCCUGACCCGCAGGGAUGCUGUCCGGCAGCUCGGGCCACUGCUGCUCGACCCCAGCCUGGCCGUGCGGGAGACGGCGGCCGGCGCGCUGCGAAAUCUCAGUGCUUGUGGAGGUUUUGAAGUUUGUGAUGACAUGGUUACUAAGGACAUCAUGACACCACUUGUUGCACUGUUAAAAGAGUGUAGCGUUGGAUUAGAUUCCAGUGAAGUCUCUUUGAAGAAAACCAAAGAGCUGAAUAAAAAUUACAUUGAAGACAUAGCUAAUGAGGCUGUGAAUGUGCUAUGGAAUAUAUGUGAAUGCAGUAGUAGAGCAGUAUCUAUAUUCAACAAAGAAGGGUGCUUGGAGAUUGUAUUAAAGUAUUUAAGUAGGUUUUCCACCAAUGUUGACCUGGCUAUUUCAGUAGCAUUUUGUUUACAAGCAGUGACAGAGGAUAAUCCAGAGCUCUUAAAAUCUUUUAAUGCUCCAGCUCUGCAGGUGCUAGAAUCAGCAAUGUUCUCACCCAUUGCUUCUAUGGAAUAUACUCUUCUGAAAACAUUAGUGGCAGGGACAGUGUGGAAUCUAAAGGAUAUCCUUCCAUCCAAGAGUCAAGCAGAUACCAUAAAUGCACUCCUGAAGAUUUUGUCUGAUGUUUUAGAAGUGGAUGUUGGGGAGGUAGUUAUUCAGAUGAAGGAAGCUGAAACUCAGAGGUUAAAUGCAGCCUCAGAGACUGAGACUGAGGAAACGGAUGAAAUGAAUGGUGAUACUGUGAAUGAAGAUGAUGAAAUGGAAGAAAUUCCCCACAAAAGAAAAGUCAGAAGAAAAACUUUCAUUUCAGAUCUACUUCCACCAACUGAAAAGGAAUUGAAGCAGACAGUAGCCUUACUCACAGCUCAGCAGAUUGCCCUAGAGAUUAUUGUCAACAUGUGCUGCAGUGAUGAUCCUUCUGACGAUGAAUGGGAUGAGUAUUCUAGCAGUGAUGAAAGUGAUGCAUUUAUGGAUAAUUCCUUUAAUGAACUCAAUGGACAACUAAUGUCCCCACUGUGCCUUUCUGCUGAGGUUCAUACUGCUCUUACAAACUACCUCAUUCCCACAAAGAUUUUUGAGAAAAUUACCUUUCCAAACAGCGUGGCAGUUGACAUCUGCUCCAGGAAUCCUGCUUGGAAGCCAUUAAUUCGAAAGAUGAACACUAUACAGUGUAGGGCGCUUGUAUGCCUCCACAGUAUCUUAUCUGUUUUAGAUGUGGACAGUCUUGGAGGAGCUCCAGUACUUCAGACACUUGCACAGCACCUGUCACAGCUUGUUUUUUCUCAGCCAGAUUUUGCCAAACACACAGAAUUCCUAGAAGCCGUAAGUAGUGCUUUAAGGACUCUCCUGCAGAUAAUGGCAUCCAAGAACAUUUCUCAGUGCAUGACUCCUGAGCAGCUGAUGUCAUUAUGUGAAGCUGGGAUUCAUAGCAGUAAUAUUGGUGUUAGAGUAAAUGUUGUCAGUAUUUUAGGAAUCACGGGCUGUGUCCUAGCCAAAGAAGAUGGUACACUUGAAACACUGAAGACUAUUGGAAAAUUUCUUCUUGAAGUUGCCACCAAAGAUUCUUCUCUUGUAGUAGCUGGAGAAACUCUGGAUGCCAUCUUUGAUGUUUUUGCAGAUGGUAAAGAGGCUGAGAAGGCAGCAGUUGAGAUCAAAUUAUUAUCUGCCCUAAAAGAAUUCCAGCCAGUUUUCAAAAUGAAGCUUCGAAAAGAAGGAAGAGGAAAAUAUAGUACAGAUCAACUCUGUGUUCUUGACAAUGUGAAAAUGAACUUGAGAAGAUUUAUUGCUUAUCAGGAGACUGUAGAGAAAAAAUUAAAUUCUUGAACUGAUUCCUUUAAUUCAUUUUAAUUGCCACAAAAUGUUUACUAUUGUACAACUGAAGCCUUUACUUUGUCUUAAAUGUCACAUAUAUUUUAGAAUAUAUGCAGUUUUUAAAAAUUAACUGCAUAUUUGCAGUCCUUAAAUAUUUUUUAAAAUGGCAGAAAUAAGUUUUUAAUGCCUUUGGUAAGGUCUACACAGUUUGAUACUGUGCUUUAAAAUAUUUUGUUGUGGAUAGUCAUUAUUUCACAGGGAAAGUAGUAUUUUAAAGGAAUUGGAUGGUUCUUAACUAAACUGAGUAGUAGAGAAACCACUAAAUGAUCAUGUUUAAAUGAACUUUGCAAAAUGGAUAUUCUCAACAGUAGUAUUUAUGAUAGGAAGUUAAUAUCAUUUCCUAAAUCUUAAAAAAAAAAACAUAGAAGAGCAAAUUACCACCUGUUCAUCUUUUCUGAUUUUGUGAUCUGAUUCAAUUUGGAAUUUGCAAUUAAGUAAGUUAAUAAUAGUGUAUGUAGUAAUUGUGAGAAUUUGAUAAAGAAUCUAAUCAAAGUUAUAAUACUAACUUCACCCCUUCUUUUUACUGUGCUUAGGAAACGGGGAGAAACUUCAUAUUGAAACUGUACAGAUAUCUAAUAACUUGGAGGUUUCAGACUUUGAAUACUCAUUAAUGUAUAUAGCAUUUUUUAAAGAUAUAUAAGGUAUAUAGUAGAGCUUCCCAGCCUUUUUUCUGAAGAGUACCAACUUUCUCUCAAGUCCUUUUUGAGACUAGAGGAUCGGAAGGUGAGGAUUUACAGUUGCUGGGUAGUAAGAAAUGUAGAAGAGAGGACUGGCUACUACCAGAUGGUCAUUCUCCUCUGGUGGGGAAGGAAGGGCAGGCAUGGUAGCAACACCUCUGUUGAAGUGUCUAUCUCAAAUCUUAACUGUUUAAGCACAGUUAGUCUAUUGGGAAGUGAUAAUGAACACCAUAUUAAUUUUAAUUAGCUAGUUUUAUAGCUUUGUAUAAUUAGCUCCUUUCCACAUUUCAUUUAUACUGUCUUCUUUUACAAUAUUUGCAUACAUAAUUCAGAUUUCUUGUAGAUAAGGUAAAGAAAGUAGAUUGGAUAUUAGAUGAUGAAAAUAAAGAAUAUUCAAUAAAUGAAUCAUGUGACAUAAGGUAUGUUUCCAAAACUACACUUCUCUUUUGAUUGGCAUCAUUUUGUAGUGAUGUUGUAUUGUAGUCUUCAGUAGUUAUAUGUACUUGUAACCAGUGAAAAUCAACCUGUAAAUUUACUGAUGGACACAGAAAUUGCUUCUCUUUUUUUGUUUAUUUUUUUUUUAGAAUAAUGAUACCUAACAUUUAUAUUGCAUUCACUAUGUGCUAGUAUUGUGCUAUGAACAGGGAAUAAAUAAAACAGAUAGAAAGGAAGACAGUC